AUGAAUCCCGAAUAUGACUAUCUCUUUAAACUCCUCUUGAUUGGCGACUCCGGCGUAGGAAAAUCGUGCUUGUUGCUUCGAUUCGCGGAUGAUACGUAUACGGAGAGUUAUAUCAGUACUAUUGGUGUCGAUUUUAAAAUUCGUACGAUCGAACUGGAGGGCAAGACUGUAAAACUACAGAUCUGGGAUACCGCAGGACAAGAACGCUUCCGCACGAUUACUUCUUCCUACUAUCGCGGUGCCCAUGGAAUUAUUGUAGUUUACGACGUGACCGACCAAGACACAUUCGCUAAUGUUAAACAAUGGCUGCAAGAAAUCGAUCGUUAUGCUUGUGAGGGUGUUAAUAAGCUGUUGGUCGGAAAUAAGAGCGAUUUGGCCAGCAAGAAAGUGGUCGAAUAUGCCGCCGCCAAGGAAUAUGCGGAUCAAUUGAAUAUCCCAUUCUUGGAAACAUCUGCUAAGAAUGCGACUAAUGUCGAACAAGCAUUCUUGACGAUGGCUAAGCAAAUUAAAGACAGAAUGGGCACGACAAACAUCCAACCAGGCUCGCAGAAACAAUCUGUCAAAGUUGGGCCUGGGGCAUCUGUAGCUCAACAGCAAAGCGGCAGUUGCUGUUAA